AUGGUGGGAUCAAACUCGACGAACGAGGUAGAACGAGGUCAAGAGGUAAGCCAGGAAGGCCUACUCAACCUGCCACCUGGUCCUUACCGCCGCUUCAAGCUUGCCGCUGGACGGGGAGCGACGCGCACUCACGCGCAUUCGUCGCGACGACUCGACCUCGCGCUUGCCCCCACCUGUCCGGACGACGGACUUCAAUCUUCCUGACGAUCAGCCCGACCGCUGGAGUUUGGAAGCGCAUUAGAACGCUCAAGCUGGCUCAGCUGUUGAAGGACCGGCGAUGGCAGCUGCUCGUCGUGCUGCGGCUGCUCGUCGCGCUGAGCUCGCAGUCGGUGAUCCAUCCGGAUGAGCACUUUCAGAACCCCGAACUGGCCGCUGCCUGGAUCUUUGACUACUCCAACACGGGCCAAGGUCCCCUCAAGACGUGGGAAUGGCUCGAUCAGGAUCCAGUCCGAAGCGUCUUCCCUGUAGCGGCCUCGACCGGCGUCGUUUUCCAGCUGCUCCGACUCGUCCUGGGUCCGCGUCAGUCUGAGCUCGUCUGUCUGCCCGAGGCGUGAUUUUUUUUGCCGCAACUGACCCAGUUGAGGUCCAAACCACAGAUCCAUCUGGUUAUGCACUCUUUCUCACUCAAAGAUUCUUCCUGUUCCUGCUCACCCUCAUCAUCGGUCAGUUAUUCGCUCCUGUGCGAGGAAGGUCUCGGCCGACUACGAAAGCCACUCUGAGCGAGCGAAAUCUUCACUGGAUAGACAUAUGCCUGCAGUCGAUCGCACGGUCCAACACGCCCGCACUCGUGUUUGCUACUUCGCCCAUCGUAUUCGCCUUCCUCGUGCGGCCAUUCUCGAAUUCGCUCGAAGCCAUCUUGCUUGCACUGACCAGCUUCGUCGCCCACGGCAUCCUCACCCAACCCCCGAGCAAGCUUCAUUACGCGACCUAUGGCUUGGUGACGUCCCUGGGCGUGUUUACGCGAAUCUCGUUCCUCUUCUUUACCCUUCCGCUGGUAUUGGCCAUACUAUGUCGAGAAUUGCUCUCGCGAUCCUCUACACUUGUUCGGACAGCAACUCGAGGUGCACCUGCCGUCCUUGCUUUGGGCCUCCUCUCGACUGUGCUCGUUUCGAUCGACACCUAUUAUUACAGAGGAACGCUUUCGUCUAAGCAUUGGGUCCUAGCGCCUCUCAAUCUCCUCCGGUACAACGUCGCGACCACGAACCUGGAGACACAUGGCUUGCAUCCGAGAUAUCUGCACAUCGUCCUCAACUGGCCGAUGUUGUUCGGAGCCGGGCUGUGGGCAGCCACUGCGGCCGUUUUGGCUCGCAAAGCUGUUCCAGCCAGCGCGCCGAAAGUUGUGACAAAGAGAAAGAAGAAGGGAAAGGCCAAAGUGGAGGCGAUACCGGCUAAGAACCUGACCGGUCUCGAUGGAGGUAAGCUCUCUCCGGGCCUGCUAUUGGAACGACUUCGAGGGCUGACUCAGUGAAAUCCCUACGCCAGUCCUGCUCCCUGCAGCGUGCUUCGUCGUUCCAACGCUCCUUCUAUCGCUGCAACCUCAUCAGGAGCCCCGAUUUCUCGUCCCUCUGAUCGUUCCUUUGAGCUUGCUCAUCUCCAAGGCAUUCUUCUUGUCAACCGGCACCAGCGCCGCUCGAAGAAAAUACCAAUUAUUCUGGGUAAGUGAAUGAGUCGUCCAUCACGACACGAACUCGUCGUUGACGCUCCCUAUCUUUCUCAGUCUUUAUGGUGCCUUCACACGAUCCUGUUCACUCUCAUCUUUGGCUAUCUCCAUCAAGGCGGCCUUCUCCCCACCCUUAUUCGACUUAAUGAGAGUCUACGGUCGAACGCCUUCGACUCGGCCCAGAGCGUGGAUAUCAUAUUUUGGAGGACGUUCAUGCCCCCGAGGCAUCUGUUGGUCCCGCUGAGAAGUGAGUCUGUUGAUUGUCCCUUUAUCUCUUGGACAGAAUUUACUCAAAUCAUUUACCCCCUUCUUAUCUCAGCCACUCCACUCCAAGUCACGAUCAAGGACGUCGCCGGCGCACCCCUUUCCGAAUUGCUGACGAUCAUCCACAACUCGAACUCGUCUCGAACUUUGCUCGUCACACCGGCCUACGCCUACGACGCGUUGCUUUCGGGCAACAUCGACUUUGCGCGACCCCUCUAUGGUUCUCGAUCGCUCGGCAUUCACCUCGACAUGGACCGUUUACAGGACAUGGUCGGUGUCGACUGGCGUCGACUCGGCAUGGGCGUUUGGGAAGUCGGCCAUACAUGA